GGUGCGGGCGGUAAGGGGGGAGAGCGGCAGGUCCGCCGGUCGGAGGGAGGCAGCAGGCCCCAGGUGCCCCCGCCCUUCCAGCAGCAGCCGCAGCAGCCGCAGCCUCUGCCCACGCCCCCGGGCAGCGUGUUGUCCAGGCACGGGCUGGAGCAGGGCGGCUACGCCAGGGCCAACGCCGACGCCGACGAGCAGCUCACCAUCCUGACCGACAGAGACCGAGAGCUGGAGUGGAGGGACAGCCUGGCCGGCCCUGAAGACUGCAUGCCCGGCGUCCUGCAGUCCCACAGCUACCACUCCGACUCGCUGCACGGCUCCACGUCCAUGGGCCUCACCCAGAUCACGCAGUCCACCACCCUGCAGUCAGAGGACAACGCCUCCCUGCUGAUGGACGACACCUCCAGCCACUCAUCUGCCACCGUGGACAGCGAGGAGGAGAGGAGGAGUGCCUUAGAAAAGAGCAUGUAUGUUCUGAAGGAGCUGAUUGAGACAGAGAAGAUGUACGUGGACGACCUGGGCCUCAUAGUAGACGGUUACAUGGGCACCAUGAGUAGCAAAGGCGUGCCAGAGGACAUGAAGGGCAAGGACAAGAUCGUGUUCGGGAACAUCCACCAGAUCUACGACUGGCAUAAAGAUUAUUUCCUGGGCGAGCUGGAGAAGUGCGUGGCUGAACCGGAGCGACUUGCUCACCUGUUCAUUAAGCAUGAAAGACGGCUCCACAUGUACGUGGUGUAUUGCCAGAACAAACCCAAGUCGGAACACAUAGUGUCGGAGUACAUCGAGACCUACUUUGAGGAGUUGAAGCAGCAGCUUGGCCAUAGGCUGCAGCUAAAUGACCUGCUAAUUAAGCCUGUGCAGCGCAUCAUGAAGUACCAGCUGCUGCUGAAGGACUUCCAUAAGUACUACACCAAGGCGGGGAUGGACACGGAGGAGCUGGAGAAAGCGGUGGAGGUGAUGUGCUUCGUGCCAAAGCGCUGUAAUGACAUGAUGAACGUGGGUCGACUGCAGGGCUUUGAGGGUAAGAUCACUGCUCAGGGGAAGCUCCUGCAGCAGGACACCUUCACUGUCACAGAGCUGGAUUGUGGCUUCCUGUCCAGAGCCAAGGAGAGGCGGGUGUUCCUGUUUGAGCAGAUCGUAAUCUUCAGCGAGCCGAUUGACAGGAAGAAAGGCUUCUCAAUUCCGGGAUACAUCUUCAAAAGCAGCAUUAAGAUAAGCUGUUUGGGCGUGGAGGCGUGUGUGGAGGGCGACCCCUCCCGCUUCGCGCUGACGUCCCGCGGGGCUGACGGGAACACGGUGCGCUUCGUGCUGCAGUCGGCCUGCCAGGACACCAGCCAGGCCUGGGUGGCAGACGUGGGCCAGAUCCUGGAGUCGCAGCGCAACUUCCUCAAUGCGCUCCAGUCUCCUAUCGAGUACCAGCGGCGGGAGAGCAAGUCCAACAGUCUGGGGCGCAGCAUGAGGCCCCCCCUGUCCGCGGCGGCCGGCCUGCGGCCCCACUCCUCCGCCUCCAUCGACCGCCACCGGCUGCCCUGCCUGCGCUCACACAACGCCUCGCUGCCCUCCCUCUACCUGCCCAGCCACGGCCCCGCAGACACCCAGCUACAGCCAGAGACGUGCUGUGCGGACAGCAGUUUGAGCCAGACCGUGUCCCCCACCCAUGUCCAGCUGGCGUUUGGUGAGCAGAGCCCCAGCGCCCCCCACUCUGCCCUGCACCACCCCGGGGUCUCCAACGGCCUGGGCCCCGCCUCCUCCAGCAGCACACAGAGGGGAGGGGACAGCUACCACAGAGGCAUGAUGGGAGACGGUGGCCAGGCGCCCGGCACCUCCCUCCCCCGGCGCUCCAGCAACCUGGCCCAGCUGGACGAGGAUGACCUCUGAAGAGCCACAGCGCCAUCCUCUUCAUCAGCACCACCGCCAUCCUCAUCCUCAUCUUCGCCAUCACCGCUGUCGUCUUCAUCCUCAUCAUGUCUUCAUUAUUUAUCUUUCUUUUUUCUUGUGGCUCUGUCUUUUUAAUCACUGACGUUCUCAUUGGAUUGACCAAGGGACUAUUUUUUUUGCCUAUUUUUUUGCCUGUUCUUUUGUCGUUUUUAAGGACAAUGUAAUUUGUUCCAGAGAAUAAAUAACCAUUCCUUUUUUUGGGAGGUCACUGGAGUUGAAGAAAAAAAAAAUGCUUCAAUAUGUUUGAAUGAAAGGGACUGAGCUAUAUGCUUGACUGUGUGUGUGUGAGAGAAGCUUAUAUGUGUGGAUGUGAACAAACAAAAUGGAGAUCCCGCGAAUGACGGCUUUCUUUGUUGUGGACGUGCAGUUUCCUUUUCUUCUUCAUGGCCACAGGUGGACACGCGUCUGUGGGGAUGGAGCUUGCAGUGGGCCUUUCGGUUCGGCUGGACCUUAAAGUGUUUCCCCUCUCCCUAUCGCUGCCUGUUGCUAUACAGCCAGCCUACUCCUGUCCACUUCCAAAAUGUCUGCUGUGCGAGCAGAGCACAGCUCCCCACCUUAUUCAAUGUUGCUGUUCUUUCUGAUAUUCGGGGAAGAAAUGGACAGCCGACACAAUGAAAUUGUACAUACUGUAUGUGAAGAUGGACUGAGGAUUGAUUGUUUGGGACAAAGCGAGCUCACGUGUGGCCCC